CUACAAAAUUGACAAUGCAAAUGCUGCCAUAUUGACAUCUUCUCUGUGUGCGUUUUUUAUUCGCAAAUGUUUACCUACAUGUCUAUAUUGAUAUUAUUCGUGAAUUGAAAUAGCGGCUACCGCUUUGAGUUUCAUCGACGUGGCCGAGACCAAGGCCGCCGAGACAGUGAGGCUACGCUAAGAAACCAUUUGGCUGCCUGAGUCGCGAGUAUCAAAGCUUUUGCAUUGUAUUGCAUUUUUACAACUUAAGGCAUUCAAGAAUCAACCAUGCUUAGGUCAUCAUCUUCGAUAUUCGACAAACUCCUCGAGAAGGCCACUAGUCAUCUGCUUCUGGAGCCUGACUGGUCAGCCAACCUAGCCAUCUGUGACCACAUCAGACAGGGUGAUGUCCAGGCCAAGUACGCCGUGCUCGCCACCAAGAAGAGGCUCUACCAUGAGAAUCCGCACGUGGCCGUGCUCGCCCUGUGUGUGCUCGAGGCUAUGGUGAAAAACUGUGGAUCAUCGGUUCAUGAUGAGAUCGGCCAGCUGGGCUUCAUGCAGGAGAUGCGGGAGCUGGUGGUGAAGGCGCCAGACAUCGUCAAGGAGAAGCUGCUCGAGCUGCUGCAGACGUGGGCGUUCGCCUUCCGGCAGACGCCAAAGUACCGCGCCGUGCAGGACACGGUACGUGUGAUGCGUGCCGAGGGGUACAAGUUCCCCACGCUGCGAGAGUCGGACGCCAUGUUUUCGUCGGAAACGGCACCGGAGUGGGCGGAUGGGGAGGUGUGCCACCGGUGCCGCGACCCCUUCAGCACAUUUACCAGGAAGCAUCACUGCCGCGCCUGCGGUCAAGUGUUCUGCAGCAAGUGCUCCUCCAAGACGUCCAACAUUCCCAAGUUCGGCAUCGAGCGAGAGGUUCGCGUCUGCGACUCUUGUUUCGAGCAAAUCAACAGACCGGGCGGUGGCAGUGGCGGCGGCCCAUCGCCCAAGAACAAGCCGGCCGCCUCGUCCACGACUGAGUCGGACCUUCCUCCUGAGUACCUGGCCAGCCCGCUGUCUAAACAGAGUCAGGCCCCUCCGGCGCGGAAGUCUGAGGAGGAGCUGAAAGAAGAGGAGGAGCUGGCUCUGGCGCUGGCCAUUUCCCAGUCGGAGGCAGAGGCCAAGGACAGAGAGAAGGCGCGCGGCUCGCGGUCGUACGGCGGCAGCCCGGCCCCCACCAGCUCUGGGACUGGAUCCGGGUCCGGUGGUGGUGGUGGCUCGCUGAAGUCGGCGAUGAAGCGCGCUGAUGCCGGCUCGGACCGCGACCCCGAGUCGGACCCGGAGCUGGCGCGCUACCUGAACCGCUCCUACUGGGAGGCACGCCAGGAGGAGCCCCGCUCCCCGCCCCCGUCCACAGCCGCCGCCGCGGUGUCCAGCUCGGCACCGGCCAGCACGAGCAGCCAGUCGCCGGCUACCGUCACAGCGGAGAGCGGCGGGACGGAGCCGAAAAUGGUCAACGAGACGUACCAGAACGGCGCCUCGGACCAGCAGUUGGACCAGUUCGUCGCCACCAUCUGCUCCCAGCUGGAGAUUUUCGUCAACCGGAUGAAAUCCAACUCGUCCCGCGGCCGACCGAUCGCCAACGAUUCAUCGGUGCAGACACUGUUUAUGAACAUCACGGCUAUGCACUCGCAGCUGCUGCAUAAUAUUCAGCUACAGGACGACCAGCGGGUGCACUACGAGGGUCUGCAGGACCACCUGGCCCAGGUGCGAGACGCGCGCGCCGCGCUGGACGCCCUCCGCGAGGAGCACCGCGAGCGACUCAGACGAGAGGCCGAGGAGGCGCAGCGCCACAGACAGAUGCAGAUGAUGCAGAAGCUGGAGAUCAUGAGGAAGAAGAAGCAGGAGUACCUGCAGUAUCAGCGUCAGCUGGCGCUGCAGCGAAUGCAGGAGCAGGAGCGAGAGAUGGCCCGCCGUCAGGAGCAGCAGUACAUGUGGUCGUACCCGCAGUACCAGGCGCCGUCGGCUCCCUGGGCUGGGCAGCACCCCGGGGGGCCCGGGCCGCAGCAGCCGCCGCCGCCGCCCCAGCAGCAGGGCUACGGCGCCCCGCCCCCGGAAGGAUACGGCGCUCCGGACUCCUACGGACCUCCCACCGACUCAUACGGACCCCCUACCGACUCUUACGGCCCUCCCGGCGACUCUUACGGCCCUCCUGGCGACUCUUACGGACCGCCGUCGGGCGGUGGCCGCGGCUACGGGCCGCCGAUGGGCGGACCGCCUGGGGGCCCGCCGCACGGCUAUUCGCCUUAUAACAUGCAGGCAGUGGGAGCAGCGCUGCCCGGCGGACCGCCUGGCGAGUAUGGUAUGCCGCCGCAGGGAUACGGUCCGAGCAGCGAGCCCAGCGGCGGGAUGGGACAGGAGGCGCCCGGUCAGUCCCAGAUGGGCUCACAGGGACAGCUGAACCAGAUCCCGGGCCAGGGGGGUCACCCGGGACCCGCGGGCCCUCCUCAGCACGGUCAGAAUAUGGGCCCUCAGCAGGGCCAGAUGGGCCCCCAACAGGGUCAACACGGUCAGAUGGGCCCUCAGCACGGUCAGCAGGGUCAGAUGGGCCCCCAGCAGGGCCAGAUGGGCCCUCAGCAGGGCCCACCGGCGCCGGCCCCGGAUGCCCCGGCGCUGAUUUCGUUCGACUGAGCGUCCAACACCGCCCGCCGCCUCGGUCUGAGAAUGAUAUGGCUGCACUGUGCGCAGUCUCCUGCCCAUGCUGUGUUCGUAUUCUUGCGGUAGGUGCCUAGAAAACGGGCUCAUCGAAGUGGAAGCUAGCUGCCCUCCUUGCUUAAUUAUCAGACUACUCGUAUGGAAGUGGUUCUUACUAUAGGAUUCGUAGAGUAGAUGUAUGGUUGGAAUUAUAUGGAAUAUCAGUAUCUUUAUUUAAUGUAGGCGCUUCUUGGUUCAGAACGUUCAUCUUCAACUAUCGUUUAAGAUUUGGUGAAAGAACGGCAUACGUUUCUUUGAUUGUUCUACUUCUUCAUUCAGAAAACGUCGGCUGAUGUCAGGCUGUUCCUUGUGCAAUUAAAGCCUUGUGUGGAAAUGGUAUGGCAUCUGCUCAUCGUGCCAUAGCCUCGCGCUUUUGGGGAAAAUGGUCUGGCGUUGGGAAGAAGUAACACUCUCGAUUCUUUUAUUCCAAAUUUGCGUAACACUGGUCGUGAAGCGCUGACAUCUAUCGGCAGCGCGAUUAGACAGGACAUCACGUCGCUGCCACCAGAGUCGUCUUUUCGACCACCGCGUAGCACCAGCCCUGUCGAUCUUAGUACAGGCGUUGUGUGUCUAGUGGAGCCGUCGUGCCCGGCCUUUGGAGGCUCUAUAUCCGUCUGCCGUCUCUGUAUCAUUCCCUGUUUCGUUUACGUCUAUCGUCUCCGUCUUUUCCCAUCUGUGUCCUAUUGUGACGGUGAUUAAAGCUUGUAUAUGCGGCACAAGUAUUAGCGCUUGGAAAGAGAUGCCCUAUUGCGGUGAGGUGUAUGUGUAUUUCCCAGAUUAUCGGCUCAGGUGUGUUCACAGCGGCCAAUAUAAAAAGGCAUCUGACAAUGAAAAAGGCAAUGAAAAAAUGCAAUGUAAUUUGGGUACAUCUGAGACGGUAUUCGGUGCAACCACUCAGCUCAAACGCUGGCCUAUCGCGUCGUUCAUAUUAUGUAAAACGUAUCCUUAUUGUAUUCUGCACUAAUAUAUUUGGGUCGGCACG